CUUGAACACAACGUCUACCAAAUCAUUCAAGUCAAGAUGUCGAAGAAGCCAUCGAAGAAACAAGAUGGCAAGUCAGCUGCAGCGGCAGGUGAUUCGCGAUUCACCAAUUUCGAAUCCGAUCCACGUUUCCGCCUACCUUCGAAGAAUCGCAACAAGACCACCCUCGAUAAGCGUUUCUCGCGUAUGCUGAAAGAUGAUGAUUUUAUCGCGAGCGCCAAAGUAGACAAAUACGGCCGAAAAUUGAAGUCGGAUAACAAGAAGAAGGCACUCAAAAGCAUAUAUCAGGCCGACGAGGAUGAAGAAAUUGAAGAGGACGAUGUCGUCGAGCGGGAACUUCAAAAGGCUGAUGCUAAAUAUGAUCCGGCUCGUGGUGGCGGUUUCUCAUCCUCCGAGUCAGAUUCCGAUUCUGAACCUGACGCUGAGGAUGACCAAGAGGAAGAGGAAGAUGAAUCUAAGGUGGAUACGUCUGCGAGUAUGCAAAGACUACGCGACGCCCAGGCGGACGUCGAAACGGGAGAGGUCACCAGGCGCUUAGCUAUAGUUAACCUCGACUGGGACCAUAUAAAGUCUGCCGACUUACUGGCGCUUUUCACUAGCUUCGUACCUAAAGGCGGACGGAUCGAGCGAAUUUCUAUCUACCCAAGCGAGUUUGGCAAGGAGCGAAUGCAGCGAGAAGAAUUAGAAGGCCCACCUAAGGAAAUAUUUAAAGGCUCUGAGUCGCAAGAUGACGACUCCGAACUAGACUCUGAGGAUGAGGAUGACGAUGAAGAUGAUGACGAGAAAAUAAAAAACGAACUCCUCCAGGAAGGGAACGAUCAGGAUUUUGACAGCGAUGCCCUCCGAGCCUACCAAUUGGACCGAUUGCGGUAUUACUACGCUGUCAUGAUAUGUUCAGACAUAGCCACGGCGAACAAGAUAUAUCAAGCCACCGACGGAACAGAAUACCAAACCUCUUCAAAUUUUAUGGACUUAAGGUUCAUACCUGAUGACGUCACUUUCGACGACGAACCAAGAGACGAGUGUGAUUCUAUAUCACCGGAUUAUAAACCGACCGAAUUUACAACCGAUGCCUUGCAACACUCUAAAGUAAAACUCACCUGGGAUAUCCACCCCGAAGAAACAUCUCGGCAAGAAGAUAUCAAACGAGCAUUCAGUGCUAGCCGCGCCGCGAUUGAGGAGAAUGAUUUGCGUGCGUACCUUGCAAGCGAUAGCGACGAUGAUGGUGCUCAGGAUGAUGAAGACGAGGGUGAGGAUGAGGCUGAAGUGGCAGAUGAUCAACCAAAAUUGACGAAAAAGGAGUUAAAAGCAAAGAAACUUCGUGAAGCACUUGGAUUAAAUUCCGAGCCCUUGGCGAAAUCUUCGAAAUCUAAACCAGUUGGGGAUAUGCAAGUCACAUUUUCUGCGGCGUUAAUGGACGGCGAUGAUAAAAAGAAGAAGGAACCGGAUGCCGAAGAAACUACGCUAGAAAAAUACGUGCGCAAGGAAAAAGAAAGGAAGGCCCGGAAGAAGGAGAAGGCAGUGGCUAAGCGGAAUGAAACUACGACCAACCAAGACGAAGCAGAUGGUGAUGACGCUGCGGGGUCCCAAGAUGAUCUCGGUUUCGAUGACCCAUUCUUCACCACAGAGGAGCCUGUUAAGAAAUCUAAGAAUUUCGAAAAGAAAGAAGAACGUCGUAAGAGGAGAGAAGCAAAGGAUGCCGAGGCAGCUGAGAAUGCCGCUCAGAAAGCCCAUUUGGAACGAAUCAUGGCAGAUGAUUCUAAGGAGGCUGCUGAACAUCUUGAUCAUUUCAAUAUGAACGAAAUCGCUCGCGCAGAAAAACUGAAAUCCAAGAAGUUCAAGAAGAAGGGGAAGAAAGAGGUUGAAGAUCAUGGUGGUCUUCAGCAAGGAUUCGAAAUGGACGUCCAAGACGAUCGAUUUAAAGCUGUAUUCGAAAGCCACGAAUUUGCAAUCGAUCCAUCGAACCCGAAGUUCAAGGCUACCCAGGGAAUGAAGCAAUUACUCGACGAGAGACGCAAAAAGCGUAAAAAUGACCCGGACGACGCUGAUGGGCAACAACGACAACGUACCAAAGCUAAGAAGCAACGAAGAUAG